AUGGUGAGUUUUCCGAUUAGAGGUUCGCCGGAGAAGAUGAGCAAGUCCGGCGCCGGCGGUGAGUUGCAGCGUGCUCAGUGGCCGGAGUGCAGGCGUGGCAGAUUCGCUGCGUUCCCUUUUCCGAUUAGAGGUUCGCCGGAGAAGAUGAGCAAGUCUGGCGCCGGCGGUGAGUUGCAGCGUGCUCAGUGGCCGGAGUGCAGGCGUGGCAGAUUCGCUGCGUUCCCAUUUCCGAUUAGAGGUUCGCCGGAGAAGAUGAGCAAGUCCGGCGCCGGCGGUGAGUUGCUACGUGCUCAGUGGCCGGAGUGCAGGCGUGGCAGAUUCGCUGCGUUCCCAUUGUAUUGUUCCCAUUACAAUACUGAAGAGGCUAUGACUUCAAAGUGCUUGAACUUUGAGAACGGGUGGCGUCCCGAGAUCAAACAGGGUAUCGCUUGUCAGAAGAUAAGAAAUUAUCCAGAAUUGGUGAGCAGAAGCAGAAUCUAUGACAAUGUUAACAGGGCUAGGAUUGCUCACUACAAGGUUGCGAAUGAGAGUAAGGGUAAGCAGAGGUUUGGAGGUACACCGUAUAGUGCUCCAACUGACAGGGGAGAACAGAAAGUUAUUGUAAGUAAGAAGCCAAGUGGGGGAGGGGCAAUUCUCAAUCCUACGAAGUGCUUCAGAUGUGGGGGUACGGGUCACCGUGCUAAUGAUUGUACAGUUGAGGCGAAUAAAUGCUUUAAGUGCGAAAGACCAAGACAUGUUAUAGCUGAUUGCAGGUGCAUUAUGCCUACCUGUUAUAGCUGUGGAGAAAAGGGUCAUAUCAGCACUCACUGUGAGAGGCCGAAGAAGUCGCAGGCUAGUGGGAAGGUGUUUACAUUGGUGGGAACCCAAUCCACCAGUCAUGACCGUUUGGUCAAAGGUACUUGUUUUAUUAAUGGUGUCCCUUUGAUUGAUAUUAUUGACACGGGUGCAACCCACUCGUUUAUUUUUGUGGAUUGUGUGACGAGAUUAGGAAUAAUUCCAUCUACUUUGGAUCGGAAGAUAAUGAUUAGAACUCCGUCUAUUGUUUCUGUAGUUACUUCUUUAGUAUGUUUGAAUUGUCCCUUGACUAUCUUUGAUAGGGAUUUCGGAGUGGAUUUGAUUUGUUUACCACUCAGUAAUCUGGACGUUAUCUUGGGGAUGGACUAG